AUGCCUCCUCAGACGCCCCUCCAUUCACGCACCACCUCGCUCGCCGAGUCGAGUCCUCGGGCCUCACCAGGUAAUCGACGCCAGUCGCGAUCAUCACUUGACUCUUCUACUCCUGUCAGGGGCAUCUUCAACCAGGCCGAUCAUCUAGACAUCAGCACAUUUACGGAAGGUGGUGUUAUUGAAGGCUCGGGCCUGGGGAAUCUCGCUGAUGAACUGGCCGAUGCAUUCUCAGACUCAGAAAACGGGGAUACCUAUUCCGGGCAGGACGAUACCGGCAUAUCGUUCUCUGUGCAGCAUGACGUUCACCUCCCAACCGAGGCGGCCAGGGACAUUGUGGGAGGCGCUCCUCAGGCAUUUUUGGGUGGUAGCGAUCUGAACAACGGGGGCUGGGAGUUCCCUUAUCAUCUCGACGGGGGCAUCGCCGGGCAAUAA